AUGGGAAUUAAGGGAUUAACGAAAUUCAUCGCAGAUGCGGCUCCGAAUGCAAUAAAAGAAAUAAAGAUAGAGAGUUUGAUGGGUAGGAUUAUUGCCAUCGAUGCCUCUAUGUCCUUAUAUCAAUUUAUUAUAGCUAUUAGAGAUUCUGAACAAUAUGGUAAUUUAACAAAUGAGUCAGGAGAAACUACUUCACAUAUUUCUGGGUUAAUGUCUAGGAGUAUACGUUUAAUGGAAAAUGGACUGAAGCCGAUUUAUGUUUUUGAUGGUGCUCCCCCUGAAUUAAAAGGUUCUGAAUUAGAAAAGAGAGGAGAGAAAAGACAGAAAGCUGAAGAGUUACUAAAAAAAGCAAAAGAAGAAGGUAAUUUAGAAGAGAUAAAAAAGCAGAGUGGUAGAACAGUACGUGUUACAAGAAAACAGAAUGAAGAAGCAAAGAAAUUAUUAACAUUGAUGGGAAUUCCUGUUAUUGAAGCUCCAUGUGAAGCUGAAUCUCAAUGUGCUUUUUUAACGAAAUAUAAUUUAGCUCAUGCAACAGCUACAGAAGAUGCUGAUGCUUUAGUUUUUGGCACCAAAAUAUUAAUAAGAAAUUUAAAUGCAAAUGCUACAUCCAAUCAAAAUAAAAAUAAAAAUAAUAGUAAGAGAGGUUAUAUAUUAACAGAAAUAAAUUUAGAACAAGUUUUAAAAGGUUUAAAUUUAACUAUGGAUGAAUUCAUUGAUUUCUGUAUUUUAUGUGGUUGUGAUUAUUGUGAUACCAUAAAAGGUAUAGGAUCAAAAACUGCUUAUAAUCUUAUAAAAGAAUAUAAUUGUAUUGAAAAAAUAAUAGAAAAUAUUGAUCAAAAUAAAUAUCAAGUACCAUCCAAUUUUAGAUUUCAAGAAGCUAGAAAAUCAUUUAUAAAUCCAAACGUCUUACCAAAAGAAGAUAUUAAAAUUGAUUGGAACGAACCACAAAUUGAAGAAUUGAAACAUUUCUUAAUUAAAGAUUAUAAUUUUAAUGAAAUCAGAGUAACCAAUUAUAUUAAUAGAUUAUUAAAAGCUAGAAAAGUCACAACACAAAGGAGAUUAGAUAAUUUCUUUACUGCAUGUACGAAGAAAAGUACUAAACUAAUAGUUGAAGAGACAAAGAAGGAACAAACACUCCCUACACGUAAGGGGAAAAAAAGACCUAUCGCAGCUGAUAAAAAUAAACAAAAGGGUGUUAAGAGAAAAAUCGAACAAGGUAAUGCAAAUGGGGAUCAUAAAAUGAAGGAGGAAAAUAAAAGUGUGGAUAAUCAAAAAGAUAUGGAUGAUCAAAAAGAUGUGGAUGAUGAAAAAAAUGUGGAUAACCAAAAAGAUAUGAAUGACCAAAAAAACAUGGAUGACCAAAAAAACAUGGAUGACCAAAAAAACAUGGGUGAUGAAAAAAAAAGUUUGGAUAAUUUCUCUUCAAACCUUUUUGACAGUGAUAAGGAGUCCGAAUCAGGUAAUUUUAUAAAAAAGGAAAAAGAAAAUAUAGAUAAUGAAAAAAUAAAUGAUAAAUUACCAUCCUUAUUUGGUGACUAUUCACAAAUACGUCACAGCGAAAAUAAGGACACUAAAAUUGACAUUAAUAGUAGUAAUAAUAAUAAUAAUAUUAGUAAUAACCAUUUUAAUAAUGUAUUUAGUAAUAGCACAUUAAAUAGUAGCACUAAAUUAAAAAACGACGACACCCUUAAGAGUAAUUCACCUCUAAAGGACGAUACGUCAAAUAGUUAUAAUAAUAUUAAAAAUAAUAACCAUACAAUUAAUAUUAACAGUCAAAUUAAUAAUCAUAAACAAUCUAUAUCUAAUAAUAAUUUAAAUAAUAUUAAUAAUUCUACUGAAAUAAAAAAAAAAAAUACUGUAUUUUUAUUACCUUUUUGUCCAAAGGAUGUUACUAAUGUAAAGAAAAAGAAAUAUAUUCAAAGAUGCUGA